AUGUCUUCCUUAAAAGACCAACUAUCUCAAAUAGCUGCCAACAACUCAACUGUAGCUUUGGAUAGGAAAAAAAGACAAAAAAUACAUUCUGCUUCCUUAAUUUAUAAUCCAAAAACAGCAGCAACACAAGACUAUGAAUUCAUUUAUGAAAAUUCCAUUGAAGCACUAAACGAAUUAAUUGAUAUCGAUCCAAGAUUUGAGAUUUUCACACGUUCUUUAUUCAGCGAAUCGUCUAUUGUGAUUGAUAGAAACACAAAAACUAAAGAUGAUAUUAAAGAAUUAAAUGCUGCAAUCAACUCUUAUCUAAUGUUGGUUUCUUCUAAAUGGCAUUUAUCACCAGCUUUAUAUGCUACCGAAUGGUUAGUGAGACGUUUCCAGAUUAAUGUUCAUAACGCAGAAAUGUUUUUGUUUUCCACUUUGAAUUACUAUCAACAACCAGUUUUCAAAAGAAUCCUUAAUAUUGUAAAGCUCCCUGCGCUAUUUCAACCUUUAUCCAAUUUUGUCAGAUCCGAUAACGCACCAAGCAAGCUAAGUAUUAUCAAAUUGUUUAGCGAUUUUGAAUUUUUAACUUUAUAUUGUAAUUAUAUCGCGAAAUGUGUUAGCCAAAAGGUUACAUACACUUCUCAGAUUUUAUUUGCUGCCUGUACUUUAAUCAAUAUGAUAGCGGUUAAUUCAACCGAGGAAAAAAAGUUAUCUGACUUACUACCUACGUUCAUGGAAAUUUCUGCAAAGCUCUUAGUUAGUGACGAUGUUGAUUGCCAAAUUGCGGCCCACACCAUUUUGGUUGUUUUCGCCUCAACAACAGCAUUGAGUAAGCCAAUUAUACUAGCAGCAACUGAAACUAUCUUAGCAAACCUGAAAAAUGAAAAGGCCAAGAGGUCUGCUUUAAUAACCAUUGCUAAUUUAUUAGAAACUUUGAAAGGACAAGGUAAUAUUGAUCAGUUACCAAUUAACUUGUAUAAAUUGGUUGAUGCUAAAUUUAGUUUACAAUAUUUGAAAGAUUUUUCUUCUAGAAAAGAAUCCAGAAAUAGCGACAAAUUUUUCACUUCUUACAUUAGAUCCAUUAUCAGAUACGACCACGAUAAACUAGCUGACAUUGUUGAAAUUUUGAAACAUGCAAAAUUCGAAAAAUUUGAAAUAAAAGUGAUUAUCACAGAUUUAAUUCAUUUAUCUGAAAUAAUUGAAGAUAAAUCUAAGUUAAUAGGUGUCUUUGAAUAUUUAGUUGGUGCCAAUGAAAGCAUGGUAUUAAAGGCUUUGAAAUCUUUGAAUCUUAGCGGCGAGUUGUUUGAAAUUAGAUUAACCACCUCCUUGUUUAACUUUAAAGAGAGUUCGGAAGUUACCGGUGAUCAACUUAUUAAAGAUGUUGAAACUUCCAAGAUUGUUGGUAUGAAUUCCACAAUUCAACCGUUUAAGGAGUGGUUACAAAAAAACUCUGACUUUUUUUACACCAAGGAUGCUUCUAUUUUAGCAGAAAAAGAUCAAGUUUUUAAUAAAUUGCUAUCCUUGUUUGUUGAAUCUGUUGGAAAAAAAUACUCAGUUGGCUUAUUUUUAAAUUCUUUUUUCAGUACUUUUGAGGCUAGAAUUACCUUUUUAUUAAGAAUUAUUGUUUCUCCCGCUGCUCCAAUAGCUUUGCGUUUAAUCGCCGUCAGCAGUAUCUCUAAAAUGAUCAGUUCUGUUGAUAAUGAAACAAAUUUAUUCAGUAUCGUUCCAAUAUUAAUUGCUGGUUUAUUUGAUGUAUGUAAAAAUGUCAGAUCUAACAUCAAGAUAUUGUUGCAUCAGAUUUCUAAGCGAGCAGCAACAGAACAUUACUUUCUACUUAACAAACUCUACGGUGAUGAUGUAAAAAUUCCAAUGUUGAGCCCCCGCGAUAGUAAAAAGUGGUUAACAAGAUUUUUAGAAAAUUAUGUUGUUGACAAUACUGAUAUAGCCAAAUAUAUCAUUCAAAAAAAGACCGAAAAAGUUGAUAUGUUUUUUUGGUGCAACCAAGCUUUAUAUGUUCCAUUACCAUAUACCAAAUUGUGUUUUUUAAAUGUCCUUACUCAAUACAGAAAUUACUCAUCUAAAUAUUCAGAAUUGCUCUGUUCGAUUUUAAAGUCUUAUUUAGAGGAAAGAGCGGCAUGGGAGCUUAGAUGUAAGAAUAAUAAAACUGAUUUUACAAAAUUUGAAGCUAGUAUAGUUAGUAUUAUAUCAUCUUCAGAAAAAAAUGCAGCUAUUAUUGAUUUCAUUAUAUCAGCGUUAAAAACACAAUAUGAACAGUUAUGUGAUCUGGUUGUUCAAAAAUUGAUUCAGAUUUAUCCCAAAUUAAAGUUUGCUAAUCAACUAGCAAUUGUUAAUAGUAUUAUUGAAACAACUGCUAUUGAAGACUUACAUUAUGAUUCUUUGGCUGCUUUACAAAGUUUGCCUAUCGAUGCAGAGAUAUUUGUUUCCAUUUUACAACAAAACAGAAUCAACGGCGAUUCGGGAGAAGAAAAUAUAAAGAAGAGGAGAAGAAAGUCCUCAAGUUCGAACAAAGCUGCUUUGAAAAAAGAGGAAGUUUCUCAAAUUGCAGAGGUCCAUUUAAGAAAAAUUACAAUUAUUUUAGAGACUUUAGAUGCUAGACGAACCAUUAAAGGAACGGAAGCCUUAUUAUCUUUAUUGUUUGACCAUUUGGCUGAUUUAGAAACUUUGGACCAAGAUGGCGGGUUGCCAGUAUUAUAUGCUCAGGAAACUUUGGCCUCUUGUAUGUUAAAUAUCAUUAGUAGUCUAAAGGAUUCCGGUGAAAACAUAAACUCUAUAAGAUCGGAUAUUGUAGUUUCUGCCAUUAGAUCUUCGCCAUCUCCUCAAGUCCAAAACAAGCUGCUAUUAGUCAUUGGUGCUUUAGCUGAAUUAAGUCCAGAAACCAUUUUACAUUCUGUUAUGCCCAUUUUCACUUUUAUGGGCGCUCACACUAUUCGCCAGGAUGAUGAAUAUUCCACACAUGUUGUCACAAACACCAUUAAAACCGUCGUGCCUGCAUUGUUGAAGUCUAGUCAGUAUCAAAAGGAUAGCAUGAAGAAAACUGAGGAAAUUGAAUUUUUAUUAACAAGUUUUGCUACUGCUUUUGAUCAUGUUCCAAAGCACAGAAGAGUUAGUUUAUUUUCUACCUUAGUUAAAACACUAGGUUCUCGUGAUUCUGUUGCUCCCUUUUUGUUUUUGCUUGGGCAGCAGUACUCUGUGUUUAUUAAUAAAUUCAAGAUUUCUGCCGGCAAGGAUUUGGUUGAAUUUACCAAAAAUUUUUUAAGUAAAUUUAGUGCCAUUGAGCAAUUAUCUGGUAUUUUGGGGUUUUUCCAACUUAUCGAUCUAUUACCUGUUGAGCCAACUGAAGAUUCUAAAGAAAAGUUGUUGCACCGAGCUGUUUUCAAUAAUGGUAUUUUUAACUUUAAUCGUGGGGAAUUGCGAACUUUAAAGAAAAACUUGUUCGAAUAUACAAAUAAAUUAAUAUCAGAAAACGAAACUGAUUAUUACACAAGCGGAGGUGGUUUAAAAUUCAAGAUUUUAAGUGUAUUGAUUGAAGCACAAGACACAAAUAACUUUGCUGGUAUACAAUCCAUUAAGGAUGUUUUUGGUAAAAUUAUUGAGGAAAUUUUGUAUUUUAUCAAUAAUUGUGAAAAUAUAUUGAGCUCUUUGGAUAAAAAUGGUGUAGCAUCUUCUAGCAGCGUUAAUGGUAACAAUGAUAAUGAAGUUGAUUAUAAGGAAGCUGUCACAGAGCUAAAAGAUACAAUUUACAGCUUGUUAACGAACACUUUGGAAUUGUUACCCAUUCAAGACUAUAUUUCAGCGAUUAUCCCAUUAUUAAACAACAAUAAGAAUGAUUUGGAAGUUAAGUACCAUAUAAUUUUGUCAAUUAGUUCUAAGUUCCAAUAUGAGCCAAUGACUUCAAGUACUAUUGCCGAUGAGAUUAUAGGUGUUUUAUUUGGUAACUGUGUUUCUGAAGAGAACUCGUCACCUGUUAUUAUCCAAGCUUCUUUGAAUGUUGUUAGCUCUUUGUUUGAUAAGUUUAAAAAUCAUUUGGAUCCAUCUAAAUUGAUGGAAGGCUUAACGAUUUGUAGCACAUUUUUGUCGAGUGAAAAAGUUGAAAUCCAAAUUUCGUCGCUUGCUUGUUUGACAAACAGCAUUCAAAUUUUGGGUGUUAAAACAAUUUCAUUUUAUUCAAAAAUUGUUCCACGUGUUUUGGAAAUUUUCAAAACACACAAAACUAAAGAGGAAACUGUCUUGAAAUAUGACCUACAAUUAGCUAUCAACUUAUUAUUUGCUGCAAUUAUCAAGCGUAUUCCGAUGUUUGUCAUUAGCAACUUGUAUGAUGUUUUAAAUGUUAUUUUUUUCAGUGAUGAAGUACCUGAAGAUAUCAGAUUGCCAAUCAUCCAGUUGGUUGUUGAAAAAAUUGAGUUGAAAGAAGUGUUGAAAAAUUUAAAUAAGAUUUGGCUAUCAGAUAUUAGUUUAACCUCGAAUAGUGUUGCCAUUUCAUUAUUUUUAAGUACAUUGGAAUCCACUGUUGAAGCUUUAGACAAGAAAACAGCGGUUUCUCAAUCGCCGCUUUUUUUCAGAUUACUAUUAUCUUUAUUUGAAUAUAGAGCCAUUAGCAAAUUUGAUGUAAAUACCAUUAAUCGUAUUGAAGCUAGUGUGCAUAAGAUAGCUAAUAAUUUUGUUUUGAAAUUGAACGACAAAGUUUUUAGACCAUUGUUUGCUCUAUUAGUCAGAUGGGCCUUUGAUGGAGAAGGUGUGAUUAAUUCUGGUAAAAUUACUAGGACAGAAAGAUUGACUGCAUUUUUUAAAUUUUUCAAUAAAUUACAAGACAAUUUGAAAUCUAUUGUCACCACUUAUUUUACCUAUUUGUUGGAAAACACCAACAACUUGUUAUUGGAGUUCAUUGGUCGCAAAAAUAACGAUGAAAAUGAAAGGGAAACAUUGAAUUUGCGUCGUUUGGUUUUGAUCUCACUGACAUCGUCGUUCAAGUACGAUAGAGAUGAAUAUUGGAAAUCUACUGCAAGAUUUGAAUUAAUUGUUGAACCAUUGGUUGAUCAACUAGGCAACAUUGAAAACAGUAUAGGUAAAUACUUGGUUAAAGCUAUAGGUUCUCUAGCCUCUAAUAAUAGUGGCUCUGAUGAUCACAAUAAAAUCAUGAAUAAAUUAUUGAUUCAACAUAUGAAAGCUACAUGUAAAUCUACCGAAAAGUUAUGGUCUGUGAGAACAUUUAAAUUAAUCUAUUCUAAAGUUGGUGAAAGUUGGUUAGUUUUGCUGCCACAAUUGGUUCCUAUCAUUGCUGAAUUGUUGGAAGAUGAUGAUGAGCAAGUUGAAUACGAAGUAAGGACCGGAUUAGUCAAAGUGGUAGAAAGCAUAUUGGGCGAGCCGUUCGAUAGAUAUUUAGAUUAA